CCAGACGGGGGAGAGAAGUUGGGAUUUUUUUUCUCUCUCUUUUUUUUUUUUUUUUUUUUUUUUUUUUUUUUUUUGGUACUUUCUGGAGGAUUCAAAGCAAAACAAAGAAACUGCCUCCUUCUGGGCUGUCAGUGAGAAGGGACGAGUUGUACAACUGGCUUGCGCUUUGCCAAGGAAAGGGGGUGGGGAAAUCAGAAGAAGACCUUUCUGCAUCUAAGAUGGUAAAGAAAGGAGGGAGGAAGAGAACGAAAUAACCACGGGGAAGCCUCAGACCAGGUUGGGGAGGGGGGGUGAGAGUAAAAGGAAAGAGGAUUAACCACCACCACCACCACACAAAAACCCCACCAACUUUCUUCUGUGAGGGAGGACUCGAAGGAUUAAAAAGGCAGCAGCUUCUGAGGCGAUUUGUCCCGAGUUAUGGAUGUUGGUGCACUCGCUUCAGGCCAGAUCAGAGCUCAGGGGGCUCUAACCAGAAGCCGCAGCCACCAGCUCUCCACUUGCCUUUUACCAGGUUUUACCCUUCCAGUAUGUUUCUUCUGAUGAGACAUUUUCCAGCGCCCAGUGUUUCAGUACAAUGUGCAAAUGGAUACUGACAAAUGGUGCCUCAGCCUUUUCCCACCUGCCUUGCUGCGGGUGCUGCUGCCUCUUCCUGCUGCUCUUCUUGGUGUCUUCUGGGUCUGUCAUCUGCCAGGACAUGCGGUCUCCGGUGGCCACCAACGCGUCUUCUUCAUCCUCCUCCUCCUCUUCAUCCUUCUUCUCUCCUGCCAGUGCGGGGAGGCACGUGCGGAGCUACAAUCACCUCCAGGGAGAUGUGCGCUGGAGGAAGCUCUACUCUUACAACAAGUACUUUCUCAAGAUUGAGAAGAACGGCAAGGUCAGCGGGACCAAGAAGGAGAACUGCCCAUACAGCAUAUUGGAGAUAACAUCUGUGGAAAUUGGAGUUGUGGCUGUUAAAUCAAUUAACAGCAACUAUUAUUUAGCCAUGAACAAGAAAGGAAAAGUCUAUGGCUCUAAAGAGUUUAACAGCGAUUGUAAACUGAAGGAAAGAAUAGAAGAAAAUGGAUACAACACAUACGCAUCCUUAAAUUGGAAGCACAAUGGAAGACAAAUGUUUGUGGCCUUGAAUGGAAGAGGAGCUACAAAGAGAGGACAGAAAACAAGGAGGAAAAACACCUCAGCUCACUUUCUUCCAAUGGUAGUAAUGUCAUAGAUGAAGGAACUGGUUUAUUGAUGCAGUUGAACCAAAGGCUCUUUUGUCAAGUAUACUUGGUAAUCCUCUUGAAGAGUAAAGGCAAAGAAACAGUGCAGAUGUCUGCUUGUUUGACAAGGGGGGGAAGCCUUUGAAGGUUUUGUGCUCAUUGCUGGCACAUGAAGGACUUUUAAUUAGUUCUGUGUCGCAUCUUAUAAUCAAGAUACAAGCUGGAUCAAAUGGGAUGGGAACUAUUCCCAGUGUGAAUAAUGUUUUUUUAUCUCUGUGAUAGAACUUGCAGGACGCGAGACAAUCUGUUGAAUGAUCUUUGGGAAAAGUUAUUUAUGGAAUACUAACUCAUAUCAAAGACCUUCAUUGCUCAUUCAAGCUUAAUGAUCCAAUGAACAGUUAAACACGCAAGCAUUUACUGGAAGCACUUGGGUCAUAUGCACAAAUAAAGAAGUUUCUGGAGUAGCCUCAUGGAAGAAUGGAUAGGAUUAAGAAAUAUAAGCAUAUUAGAGUUAAACUGUUCUAACAAAAUAAAUAGUAUGGUUUGCCCAUGUAUUCUAACUUCAUUCCUUUUUAUUUUUCUCUAAGUUAUUUAUUUAAUAGGAUGUUAAAUAUCUUUUUUUGGUUUUAAAUGAUUUCCUUGGUUGCUUCCUUAUUUUUCCCCCUUUUUUCAGCUUUUCUCGUAGGGGUUAAUAGAGUAAACUUUCAAAACCUUACUGACUGCCUGAAAAUAGGAAACUGACAAGUCUUUAAGGUAAAGUCAGCAUUGCAGUGAAUAUGUCCAAUCUGUUUUCUUCUAAACUGUUUUGCACUUAAGCAAAAGGACCUGAAGCAGUGCUCAGAUUUAUCACACACAUUGGAUGUGUUUAUGUUUGUGAAUCCUACCUGCCAUCACUCAAAAACAAACUUCAAGAAAUACAUUGUCAGGAGGGUUUUGUUGCUUGUAUGAAGUGGAUGGAGAGGGUCAAAUCUGUACUCAGGUGCAUUCGUGUUUGGGAUGUGUAUGUGUAUGUAAUUCAGAUCCCAUUGAUUUGUAUUUAGGGAUUAAUGUAUAGCCUUUCUUAGGGGUCUGAUCCAAAAUUCAUUGCAGUUAAUGGGAGUCUUUACA